UUUUUAAUUUAUAUAAAAUUUUGCGAAUCAAAAUAUGUUUUCAGUGGUAAACCACAUUUUCCAAACGCGGUUCCCUGAUGGAUUUUGACCCCUGCCGACCGCCGUGGACUUUUGACAGCUGCACCAGGUAAACAUGGCCGAACAGAGCCUGAUUGACAGCGAAGAGGAAAAUAUUUUAUACGACUUACUGGUUAUUACUGAAUGGCCGCCAGAGACGGACACUCAGGUGCGAGGCAACAAGGAGCACAACACUUCCCUCGUUGCUAAAGCUGUGACAGGGCCGUUCCGCUUAAUUCUGCACUACUUAUGUAAUGGCAAACUCUUGGCAGUGGUUCAGGACCAGUGUGUGGAGAUUAGGUCUGUGAGAGAUGACUUUGGUUCAGUCAUAGGGAAGUGCCAGGUGCCAAAGGACCCAAACCCCCAGUGGCGGAGAGUGGCAUGGAGCCAUGACUGCACCCUGCUGGCCUACGGGGACAGCACUGGCACUGUGCGCCUGUUUGACCUCAUUGGCAGCGAGCUGUUUGUCAUCCCGCCGGUGCUGAGUUUUCCAGGGGAUUUCAGCUGCGCAGUAGCAGGUCUGAUCUUCUUGGAGUACACAGCAAGUGCCCAGUGGUCAGCAGAGCUACUUGUUAUCACAUAUGGUGGUGCUCUCAAGAGCUAUCUAGUCAGUGUGGGAACCAAUCAGAACUUUCAGGAGAACCACAGCUUCAGUUUCUCUGCCCACUACUCCCAUGGCAUCACUUCGGCUAUUUACCACCCGGGCCACCGAUUGCUGCUGGUGGGAGGCUGUGAGUCUGGGGAUGACAGUACGUCCAAGGCCUCCUGCCGUGGCAUCACAGCCUGGAGGACUCUCUCCGGCUCGCCGCACUACAAGCAGGUCACCAGCUAUGAGGACGAUGUCAAUCCAAAUCAGAAGAGAGGUUUCUUUAGGAUUCCCAGCUUCAGAUUCUUUCCAAGACAGGGGGAUGAAAAGGAUGGCGUAUUCCGCAUGAGCCUGAGCCCCGAUGGCACCCUCCUGGCCGUCAUCCACUUCUCUGGCCGCCUGUCUCUCUGGGACGUCCCCUCGCUCAAACAGAGGGCCACAUGGAGCCAGGACCAACAGCCAGGAUUUGAAGAGAUAAACCCCGAGUGGAAGACAUCGCUGGAGAGAAGGAAGAAGAUAAAAGAUAAGGAGCAGUAUUACCCGCUGGUGGAUGUGAGCUGGUGGAGUGACAACGUGUUGAUUAUGGCUCGCUGCUCAGGCUCUGUCACCGUCUCAUCUGUCAGGACACUCUGCAACCUCCUGGGCAAAUCCUGCGAAUGGUUCGAGCCUUCGCCUCGAGUCACUGCCGCGCAUGACGGGGGCUUCCUCAGCCUGGAGUGCGAGGUGAAGCUCGCCCAGAAGCGUGCGCGUCUGGAGAGCAACCUGAGUGCUGGGGCAAGCGAGGAUGAAGAGGGCGACGAUGGAGGGGACUCCGACUCAGACGAAGAGUCCUCAGCCAAAGCCCGCUACUUUGGCUACAUCAAGCAGGGUCUGUAUUAUGUGACUGAGAUGGAGCGCUUUGCCCCGCCACGCAAGCGCCCCCGCACCGUUGUCAAGAACUACCGUCUGGUCAGCCUGAGGUCAACGACGCCAGAGGAACUGUACCAGAGGAAGAUUGACAAUGAGGAAUAUGGUGAAGCCCUUUCUCUUGCCCACGCGUAUAAUCUAGAUUCUGAUCUGGUCUACCAGAGACAGUGGAGGAAAAGUACCGUCAGCAUCGCCUCCAUCCAGGAUUAUCUGAGCAAGAUCCGCAAGCGGUCUUGGGUGCUGCAUGAGUGUGUGGAACGCGUCCCAGAGAAUGUUGAUGCUGCCAAGGAGCUGCUGCAGUAUGGCCUGAAGGGAACUGACCUUGAGGCCCUGAUAGCCAUAGGGAACAAAGAGGAUGGGGGCAGGUUUAUCAUGCCAGGCGAUGUUGACCUCGAUGACCUCCCUUACGAAGACAUCCUGUCGGAUGAUGAGGAGUUGGAGAAUAAGAAGGAGAGGGAGAACAGGAAGAGACAAGAACUGCUUGCCAAGGUGGACUUUAGCAGGCUUACUCUGGAGCAGAAGGAGCUGUGUCGGAGCCGACUGAAGCUUCUCUCCUACCUGGACCGGCUGGCUACAUAUGAGGUAAAAAUAGAGAGUAACGUGCAGGCUCUGGACAUCCUCUUCACUUACCAUGGAGCGGAUCUCCUCCAGCACCGACUAGCCCUCCUUAACAAUUUCCCAGAAACCACCUCUCCACACGAGUACACCAUCCUGCUGCCUGAGGCCUGUCUGGAUGACGAAGGCGAGUUGGUACUAAUUCCAUGGGAUGAGCAGAGACACAGAGAGAUGGACUGGUGCGAGGCAGAGGACUGCAGAGCGGUGCUGGAGCAGAACCUUUUUGAUGAUGACAGUUUCCUGUAUGAGGAGGUUCCAGAGCUGCUGAGGUUCCGCGCAGCCACACCCUCCAUCGAGCUGCUGACAGACUGGUAUCACAGCAGAGCCCAGGACAUCGACUCCUGCUCCAGACAGGUGGACUGCGCCCUGUCACUGGUGCGCCUGGGGAAGGAGCGGGAGAUCCCUGGGUUGACGCUGCUGUGUGAUGACUUGGUCACCAUGGAAACGCUUGUGUAUGAAACAUCAUGCGAAUUGAGUCUGACAUUUAAAGACCUGCAGCAGUUAAGUGACAUCGAUAAGCUCCGCCUGCUCAUGAAAAAUUCUAGCACCGAGCGCUACGUGAAAGACGCUUUCCAGUGGAUGGUGCCGUUCCUGCACCGCUGUGAGGGACAGAGAGAGGGCGCUGCUAAGUGUCUGCUCAGAGAAUACCUGGUCAGCCUGGCCCAGCGAGACCUCGCGCUGCCCCUCGUCGUCUUCCAGCACUCCAAACCUGACUGCCAGCAGAAGAUCAUCGGGGACCCGGACCAGCUGAUGGUGGUCGCUCUGGAGUGCAUCUACAGCUGUGAGCAAGAUGACCAGCUCAGCCUCUGUUAUGACAUCUUGGAGUGUCUGCCGCAGAGGGGCUACGGGCCGGAGACGGACAUCACAGCAUCACUCCACGAUCAGGUGGACAAACUUGAGAAGCAUCUCAGUGUGGUGGAGGUUCUUGAGAAGCACGGUCUGCAGAAGCCCAUCUCAUAUGUGAGGAACAGCCAGAACAGCGAAGAGGAAGCCCACCAGCUCAUGGUCAAACUGUGCCGCCACACUGGCCGCAAAAACCCUCCAGUGAGUGAGACGGUGUGGAGAGGGCUGAUGCAAGACCUGCUGGACAUGCAGCAGAACGUCUACACAUGUCUGAAACCAGAGAUAUGUCACCAGGUAUUUGUGGAAUCUCUGUUGUGCUCCAGCCGUGUGGAGAACGUGCGCCUGGCAGGGCAGCUCAUGCAUUGCUCGCAGGUCAGCCAAGAUGUUCCUGUCAGCUUGUCAUUCCGGGGCAAAGGUUACGCUCUGAAGGUGGCCUAUGACAACAGUGUGGAAUUAGUGUUGGCUGCCGCCAGAGAAUACUUCAACUCCUCCACAACGCUGACGGACCCCUGUAUGGGCCUGGCUAGGGCGUGUCUCCAACUGAUCUCGGACAGUCCUCCGGCUGUCCAGGAGGAACUGGACCUCAUCAGCGCUCUCGGCCAACUGGAGGACUUCAGUGUGAACAUCCUCCCGCUGCAAGGAGAUGACGAGGCCACACGAAAAGGCCAAGUGCUGACCCUGCUGGCUGAGCAAGCUCUCCAAUGUCCGGACUUCAAGACCUCUUACAUCCACUGUCAGGACCUCAUGGCUGCAGGUUACAGCCCAGCCUGGGAGGUGUGCAGUCUGCUCGGUCAGCAGGAAGGAUACUCGGACCUGGAGGCUCGGCAGGAGCUUUUAGCCUUCUCUCUCACCCACUGUCCCCCAGACAACAUCCACGGCCUCCUGGCUGCCUCUAGUGACCUGCAAACUCAGGUUUUGUACCAGGCAGUUAACUAUCAAAUGGAGCCUGUUAUCACCGAGAGUGGACGAGAGGCUGAUGAGACAGACUCUGUGAAGGCUUCUGCUCCAACUGUGGGGACCGCGGGGGACCUGCUGCACCGGACUACAGCCAAGACCAUGAAAGUGCUGACCACUACAGGACUGACCACGAAAGCUGUGCUGACCGCAGUCAGCGACCACCGCUGGUGGAAAGAAUCAAUCAACUACCUGCGGCCGUUGCACGGUCAAGACGCGGGGGCCACCAGUCAGGAAGGGGCGCGUGAGAACUCAAACCUGGAGCAUCAAGGCUGUAGUCCCUUUUAUCAGGAGCUCAUUGAGGACCCCUAUGCAGACCUGAGUCAAGAUGUGUAUUCAUCCUACAAAGACCUGCCCCAGGAAAACUUUGCUGAGGUUUUGCUGAGAACUGGGAAACUGGCCGAGGCCAAAACUGAAGGAAAAACCCUGUUUCCUGCUACAGAGGUUCUGCUGCAGCUGGCCAAUGAUGCAUUUCCCAGGGACAUGAUGCUGGCUCUGUCCUACUUACUGGCCCUGCCUCAGGUGUUGGAUGCAAACAAGUGCUUUGAGAAACAGUGUCACUCUGCCUUGUCGCUCCAGCUGGCGGCUUACUACUACUCCCUGCAGAUCUACUCCCGCCUUAAGCCCUGCCUCAAAGACAAAAACCACACUCUGUACCAGGCUGACCCCAAGGAGCUGAUUCGAUUGGUGACGCAGCACGUGUCUGCUUACUCGAGUUGGCCGGAGGAUCUGCAGAAGUUGAUAGGUCAGCUGCAUGUGUACAACGAGCGUCUUACUGACUUCACCCAGGCCCAGUUGUUGCAGGGGCUGGGCCGCGGCGUAGACGUCCAGCGCUUCAGCUCAGACUCCGACUACAAGAAGGAAACCAUUCUUGGCCUAACAGAGACUCUGGAUGACAGCGUGUACAGAAUCGCUCUGUCUCUGGCUAAGCGCUACAGUGUGCCUCUGUGGGAGGUCUACAUGACUCACCUUGAGUUCCUCUUUACAGAUAGCUGCCUUUCUACCAAGGAUAUUGAAUCCCGGAGCGAGUCCCUUCGUCUCUUUGACACUUUGAAGACUAACCCUCAGGCAUUCUAUGGCCACAUGACCAAGUACGUCCUGCCGACUGUGGAGGGAACUGACCUCGGCCGUUUGCUCUACUACUACACCCUCCUGGACACUGCAGGCUGUGAGCCUCACGUCACGACCACCAUCAAGCCAGACUCCCAUGUCAAAAUCCUUAAGAAGCUUCGAGCUGUCGCCAAUGGCUUAGAUUAUCGCAAGCUGACCGAUGAAUCCUUGGAUCCGCUGGUCACUCUGAAGUCAGUUCUGACCAGUCAGAACGUACUGUCCAUCUCCAAACUCGCCAAUCGUCUGCCUGUGCCUGGUGGCGGAGGAGCAACGGUGUCCCCCAGUGCAGUCCAUUCAGUGUGGCUGCAGAAGCUGUUUUGGAAAGGAGACCCCCAAUUGCUGAAGAGGCCCCCACAGAGCGACCAAGACUACCUGCAGGCUUACGACACCUGUGCCAAGUAUCUGGACAGGCUGGUCCCUGCUGACAUGGUUCACCUCCUUGAUAAUAUCACCUUUUCACCUGACGCAGCCAAAAUUCUGAGCAUCCAGGCGAGGUCGGAGGUGAUAAAGCGAGCCACCAAGGCCCUGCGUCAGCUGGCCGAGAAGAACCGGAAGAGAGGAGGCGAUGGUGGUGGGGAGCACGAGGGGACGGGCCCAGCGGGGAUGACUUUUGAUGAGGCUCUAGCACACCUGCAGCAAUCUCAGGCCCACCUGGACACUCUGAGCCAUGAUUUCAUUCUGUCGUUCAGAGACAGCCAGCAGGAACAGCUCCAGAGUUACAGUCAACUUUAUGAUUUGUCUCGGUCCGAGAGGUCAAAAGUACAUGAGCUGGCGGUCACCAUGGCAACUGAUGGACAGCCUCUGGAGUGCAUUGGGAAGCUUCUGUGCGUUGCUGUUGGGCCCCUAGACCUGUCCGUCAAAACUGUGCUUCAUGAUGGUGUGGCGAGAGUCGUGGCUGCGCUCAGUGGAGACCCAGACGCCCUCUCAAAUUACUCACAGCCCCUCAGGGUCCUGGAGGCCAUGGUCACCACUGUGCACAACAAUGUCCAGAGUGGUGACAGCACGGUGACCUCAGACGACCUCCUGGCUUGGCUGCGUCCGUUCUGCGGGGACUCCUCGCUCCCCGUGCGGCCUCGGAUUGAUGUGCUUCAGAUCCUGGAGAGUAACUUCAGCCUGCGAGACAGCGAUGUCCGUCUUCUCCUGCUCUACAGGACGCAGGCUGUUCUCAAAGACAGAGAGGUCCAGAUAGAAGACGUAGAGAAUGAGGACAAGCGAUACACUCUCUUUCUGGAGCUGCUGGACGCUGCUCAGAAGUGGGAGGACUUUCAGCUGCUCAUGCUUCUCCUCCAAGCAUGGCCACCGAUGUUGAAAGAGGAUGUAUCAGAGUCGGAGCGUAACCCCUGGGUUGUGCUGACCUCGGCCCUGCUGACCCGGUGCCAGGGGUCAGGGGUCAAUUUAGACCUGGGUCAGCAGAUAGUCACCAUGGUGCGGACUCUCUACAACACCAAGCACAAGCUCCCUGUUCAGUGUAUCAGACACAUAGCCACCCUACUGCUCCAGAACCAGCCGAGCCUGCAGCAGCCCGCUCUCAAGCUGAUGGCUGAAAGCGGCGAUGAGGAACUGCUGAAGCUGACUCUGGAUCAGAUCAACAGCAUGACACCGGAGACGGCUUCCUCCAGCGAUGCCGAGCUCCUGUCACUGCUCCUGGAUGCCGGGCUCCUGGUGGGCUGCGUCUCCUCGGCCCUGUACCCCCUGCUCAGUUCCCACAUGCUGUCCCACCAGCAGGAGGGGGGCUGGGACGUGGAGAAGGCCGCAGCUGAGCUGAUGGCGGCGGGCCACAGGCCCGAGGCGGGCUCCCUGCUGAUGGCUCACCACGGAACACACCAGGCCCAGUUCACCUUCAACUCUGCCUUGGCUGUUCUCCGGAAGUGGCUGUGAGGGGGGAGUGAAGCAGGAGGUGAGGGGGCAGUUUGGACCACGGCCACGGACCACUGUGAUGAAACAGAUUUAUAGAAGAAGAGCCGGAUGGCGUUGAGAGAGUUGGAUUGGAUUUAAGUGGAGAAUAGAAGCGAUGUGAGGCCGUGCCUCAGCAUUUGCUCUCAAGGUAUUAGACCAAAUACCUUUAAGAGUGAAACAUCCACUCGAUUACAAAGACACACAUUCAUAAAUACACAAACCUCUGCUGUCAUGAAUGAAUAUUCAGACAAAGCUGAUCAGAAAAUGCAUUUUUCUGUUGCAUACGUCCAUCCAUGCAUCCGUGCAUCUGAUUGUGCGAUGGAGUAAUUGUGCAGUAGCCGUGGAAACAGUGGGUGGAUAUUAGCCUAUUGUUCUGUGACAGGUUUGCCUGUUUGAGGUCCCAUUGUUUAACACCAUGCCUCUGCUCUAUUGUUUUCCCCCUAAUAAUGUCUAAUUAAUUCCUGCUAAACAAAUUAGCCCCGCAGCUGCCCCGCACCCCGUCUGUGCAAACGCACAAAUACUGUACACGAGCGCAGACACCCCGUCGUUAUCAUGUAGGGCUAAUGAUGAUGCGGACUAAUAGUAUUUGUGUGUGUUUACGCAUGCAGUGAUGCUGUCAGCUUGUUUCACUAUCAGGUUUUAGUCUGUUCCACCGUUCAGAGCUGAAAUAAAGACAAAUAAUAA